UCUUGGCGCUACCUUCUCUUAGCAAAAUUUUGUCGUCGUUCUUAAUUCAAUUUUUAAUAUUUAGCGUCUGUUUCGUUACCACUCUUAAUUUUGACCAACUUCACCAAAUCUAAUUUGAAGAAGUAUCACAACAAUCUGUUUCACCACUUCCUGACGGGAAAAUUGUAUUCUAAUUUGGUUUUUCCGAUAAACAUAAGAAAUUAGUAAUCUACCUAGUCAGAUGGAUCGUAAAAAUUGAAAUUACACCUGAAUGUUGUAGCGGACGUGACAUUAUAUAGACCAAGGCCGAUUACGUAAUUUUCAUACUACAUACACACUGUACAUACAUACUCUGCAGGUAGGUACACUAUACAAGCGUACAGGUACAAGAAAAAAAUUAGUAGGUAAAUAUGUAUGUACAUAUGUUUGUUAAUCGGACUUGAUAGGGAUACACCUGUAACGCACAUGCAUAAGUACAUACGUACGCAUGUAAAUAUUUGUAUGUAUUUUUUUAAGUGAUGGUGGUUUGCGAUGACAAUACCCUCUAUUCUGAUUUGGAGACAAAUGACUGCGGGCAGUGCAUCGCAAUUAGUAUUAUUAGUUCUUCCGAAACUUCCGAAGUUGAUUUUUUUCGUCCGUCGCCGACGCAAGCGAAACAACACAGUAACUUGAUUAUUUGCUUGCUGUCUCACCUGGACUUCAAUUGUCAUUCACAACGUAUGACGCUGGUUUUAAUUAUUAUACGCAGGCAUCACUAACAAAAAGCAUGUGCUUUUUUUGUUAUAAUGUGCGACAGUUCGUUUGUUGUUAUAAUUUCUGUACUGAUUAGUUUUGAAAUUACUGUUAUACUUCCUUUUAAUUGUCCUAAGGAUUUUACUAGAUUCGAGAAAAUCUUAGGAGUUAUUCCAACCGCUUUUAUCGAUAAAAAAACAUUCUACACAGGUAACACUGAUGAACCGGUGACCUUAGAAUGUAUAAUGAAAUGUCGGAAAAACGAAACUUGUGCAGGAUUUCUUCUGAAUUAUGAAGUGCCGGCAUGCUAUUUCUACGAAACAAUUACCGAUAACGAUGGACAGAUGACAAACGAAAUCGACAAUAAUAUCGUUUGGUUUUCAAAAAUAUGUGUUCAAGGGACAAUACCAGCAGAGAAGCUGUGCAAAGAAGAAUGGAUUUUCGAAAGAAUAUCCGGUGCAACAUUAAUAGGGAAUAAUACAAAAACACUGCCAAAGAAAGUUACUAGAGACGCCUGCCAAAAAAAAUGCUUAGAAGAAAAAUCGUUUAGUUGUAGAUCUAUAAAAUUUCGCAAAACCAAAGAAAAGCAAGGCAAUAUGACUUUAGGAACAUGUAGUUUGAGUAGCGCUGAUCGUCAUGCGAUGCCUUUUGCUUACAGGGCUUCAAAUUAUCAAGACGAAUAUAUAGACAAUUCAUGUGCUACAGAUAAUUUUCAGUAAUGAACGUAUCUACCAUAAAAUAAGUUAAAAUAAUUUAUCCAGCUAUCAAAA